CCCCCAACAGCAACUCAGACUCUGGGAGUAGCAUGGCAGUAAACUACGAUGCCCUUGAUAUCGUUGGGCCAGAAGACCUGCAGGAGUUGUCACCCUUGCCUGGAAGAAGCCCUUUGCAGAGCUGUGAAAGAGCCCAAGCUGCAGAUGAACUCCAGAAUGCGUCUCUUCAGAACAUGGAGGAGAUGACAAGAUGGGAACCCAGCUCCCCAGGGGUCUGCAAGGAGGUAGAAACUUGCAGCGGCCCUCAAAGGAACCAACACACAGCUGCUUCCCCCAAAGGCAACUCGGAAACUGGGAGUUGCACGUCAGGAGAAUAUGAUGUUGUUGUCAUCGGUGGGGAAGAAGACCUGCAGGAGUUGUCACCCUUGCCUGGAAGAAGCCCUUUGCAGAGCUGUGAAAGAGCCCAAGCUGCAGAUGAACUCCAGAAUGCGUCUCUUCAGAACAUGGAGGAGAUGACAAGAUGGGAACCCAGCUCCCCAGAGGCCUGCAAGGAGGUAGAAACUUGCAGCGGCCCUCAAAGGAACCAACACACAGCUGCUUCCCCCAAAGGCAACUCGGAAACUGGGAGUUGCACGUCAGGAGAAUAUGAUGUUGUUGUCAUCGGUGGGGAAGAAGACCUGCAGGAGUUGUCACCCUUGCCUGAAAGAAGCCCUUUGCAGAGCUGUGAAAGAGCCCAAGCUGCAGAUGAACUCCAGAAUGCGUCUCUUCAGAACAUGGAGGAGAUGCCAAGAUGGAACCCCAGCUCCCCAGGGGCCUGCAAAAAGGUAGAAGCUUGCAGCGGGCCUCAAAGGUACCAACACACAGCUACAUCCUCCAGUUUGCUCAGAGGUUACCCAAAGGACUGCGAACCAGCAGAACACAGCUUCUGCUUGCCAUCCCAGACAACGUUCUCCACAAAAUCCGAACCAGAGACUAUCAGAAGUGCUGCACUAGAGAUGUUGACCACUGCUGCAUUGAAGAAGGGGCCAAAAGAAGUGUUGGAAAGGGAAUCCGAAGGCAACUCGGAAACCGGGAGUUGCACAUCAGGAGAAUAUGAUGUUGUUUCCAUCGGUGGGCAAGAAGACCUGCAGGAGUUGUCACCCUUGCCUGAAAGAAGCCCUUUGCAGAGCUGCGAAAGAGCCCAAGCUGCAGAUGAACUCCAGAAUGCGUCUCUUCAGAACAUGGAGGAGAUGCUAGGAUGGAACCCCAGCUCCCCAGGGGACUGCAAGGAGGUAGAAACUUGCAGCGGCCCUCAAAGGUACCAACACACAGCUGCUUCCCCCAACAGCAACUCAGACUCUGGGAGUUGCACGUCAGGAGAACAUGAUGUUGUUGUCAUCGGUGGGCAAGAAGACCUGCAGGAGUUGUCACCCUUGCCUGAAAGAAGCCCUUUGCAGACAUGUGAAAGAGCCCAACCUGCAGAUGAACUCCAGAGUGUGUCUCUUCAGAACAUGGAGGAGAUGCCAAGAUGGGAGCCCAGCUCCCCAGGGGACUGCAAGGAGAUAGAAACUUGCUGUGGCCCUCAAAGGUACCAACACACAGCUGCUUCCCCCAACAGCAACUCAGACUCUGGGAGUAGCAUGGCAGUAAACUACGAUGCCCUUGAUAUCGUUGGGCAAGAAGACCUGCAGGAGUUGUCACCCUUGCCUGAAAGAAGCCCUUUGCAGAGCUGCGAAAGAGCCCAAGCUGCAGAUGAACUCCAGAAUGCGUCUCUUCAGAACAUGGAGAUGUGGCCAAGAUGGAACCCCAGCUCCCCAGAGGCCUGCAAGGAGCUGGAAACUUGCAGCAGCCCUCAAAGGAACCAACACACAGCUGCUUCCUCCAGUUUGCUCAGAAGUUCCCCAAAGGGCUGUGAACCAGGAGAACUGAGCUUGUGCCUGCCAUCCCAGACAACGUUCUCCACAAAAUCCGAACCAGAGACUAUCAGAAGUGCUGCACUGGAGAUGUUGACUGCUGCUGCAUUGAAGAACGGGCCAAGGGAAGGGCUGGAAAGGGAAUCCGAAGGCAACUCAGAAACCGGGAGUUGCACGUCAGGAGAAUAUGAUGUUGUUGUCAUCGGUGGGCAAGAAGACCUGCAGGAGUUGUCACCCUUGCCUGAAAGAAGCCCUUUGCAGAGUUGCGAAAGAGCCCAAGCUGCAGAUGAACUCCAGAAUGCGUCUCUUCAGAACAUGGACAUGUGGCCAAGAUGGAACCCCAGGUCCACAGGGGUCUGCAAGGAGGUAGAAACUUGCAGCGGCCCUCAAAGGAACCAACACACAGCUGCUUCCCCCAAAGGCAACUCAGACUCUGGGAGUUGCACAUCAGGAGAAUAUGAUGUUGUUGUCAUCGGUGGGCAAGAAGACCUGCAGGAGUUGUCACCCUUGCCUGGAAGAAGCCCUUUGCAGAGUUGUGAAAGAGCUCAACCUGCAGAUGAACUCCAGAAUGCGUCUCUUCAGAAGAUGGAGAUGUGGCCAAGAUGGAACCCCAGCUCCCCAGGGGUCUGCAAGGAGGUAGAAACUUGCAGCAGCCCUCAAAGGAACCAACACACAGCUGCUUCCCCCAAAGGCAACUCAGACUCUGGCAGUUGCACGUCAGGAGAAUAUGAUGUUGUUGUCAUCGGUGGGCAAGAAGACCUGCAGGAGUUGUCACCCUUGCCUGGAAGAAGCCCUUUGCAGAGUUGCGAAAGAGCCCAAGCUGCAGAUGAACUCCAGAAUGCGUCUCUUCAGAAGAUGGAGAUGUGGCCAAGAUGGAACCCCAGCUCCCCAGGGGUCUGCAAGGAGGUAGAAACUUGCAGCGGCCCUCAAAGGAACCAACACACAGCUGUUUCCCCCAAAGGCAACUCAGACUCUGGGAGUAGCAUGGCAGGAAACUGCGAUCCCCUUGAUAUCGUUGGGCAAGAAGACCUGCCGGAGUUGUCACCCUUGCCUGAAAGAAGCCCUUUGCAGAGUUGCGAAAGAACCCAAGCUGCAGAUGAACUCCAGAAUGCCCAUCAGCAGCCCAAAGUGCAGCUGACACUGUCGGGAGAAGCAGGUAACACAUCUCUGCAGAUCUACAAGAAGGAGAGAGGCAGUGAUGAGCCACAGAGUCCGAUGGCAGCAGAACCCCAAAGCCCAGCUUCUUGGGACAAGGGUGUUCCCAGGGAGUGGAAAUCAGAGGAAACAGAGCCGAGGUAUGAGUGCAGCUAUUGUCACCAGUUCUUCGAGAACCAAGACCAGCUUGUGAGACAUGAGAACGCACACAAGAGGAGGCCCUUUCUGUGCACUCACUGCGGGAAAGGCUUCCCUUCUGCACAUGCCCGGACCAUCCACACACGAAUCCACACGGGGGAGAAGCCAUUCAAAUGCCCCGAGUGCGACUUUCGCUGCAGCGCGAGCACCAACCUCAACAAGCACAGGAGAACCCACAGCCGGGAGAGUCCCCACCUUUGCGUGCUGUGUGGGCAGAGCUUCUGGUUCAGCCACAGCCUCGCCGUGCACUGGCAGAUGCACAGCGGGAAGGAGACGUACACUUGCGCUGACUGCGGGCAGAUGUUCCUGCGCAAGAACUUGCUCAAUUUGCACAGGAAGUACAAGCACCAGUCGGGAGCUGUGUAACUGGGCUGUUUGGUUGAGGGGCAGCCUCUCCCUUCUCCUGGAGAGGUCAGCUCCGAGGGCACCUGCUUGGCGCAACAGACCAACCUAAGCUGAGACUGCUAUCGGCACACUUGCGUGCUGUAACUUCGGCUGCUGUUUUGAUCAGGCUCCCAAGCAAACUCUUGCGACAGCCACACCCUGACUCUGAACUAUGCUAGCUUGUCCCUUCUUGCAUCUCUCCCAGUUGCACCAGGAACCUGGGGCGGG